UGCUAGUGUAAUCAAAGCACACCCAACUUCACUACUACUUCUCAAAAACAAAGAGAUCUAUCUAGAGAGAGAGGUAAUAAAUUUAAGAUGGGUGUGACAACGUGUUGUGACAAGGUGCAUUCAUGGUUCCGCGAUUCAAAAGCGCUUUUGAUAAUCAUAAGCCUGCAAUUUGGCUCUGCUGGGAUGUAUGUUAUCACCAAGGAUGCUCUUAACAAAGGAAUGAGUCAUUAUGUGUUUGUUGUUUACCGUAAUAUCAUCGCCACUAUAGUUCUUGGUCCCUUCGCAUUUUUUCUUGAAAGGAAAACAAGGCCCAAGAUGACAAUUCGGAUAUUUUCAGAAAUUAUGGCUGUGGCUUUUGUCGAGAUAAUACUUGAUCAGUGCUUCACCUUCCUUGGGAUGAAGAUGACAUCAGCCUCUUUUGCAUCAGCCGUGAUGAAUUCCGUACCAUCCAUCACCUUUGUACUCGCAAUCAUUUUUCGAAUGCUUGAACAGAGAAAUAAGCACGUAGCAUGUGAAUCCUACAUAGAUUCCACCACCAAGUUUAGGGGGGUAGUUCCUAAUGACUCUUGGACAUAUUUAAUUUUGGGCGGAUUCUACCAUACCCCCAAUGUAUGGUACACGACUGACGAGUUAUGACGUGUACCAAU